AGCACGGGACGGUCUUGGCGCGGGGACGGUGAGCGCCGCGCCACAACACACAAGCAUGGGCAAGAGAAAGAGGGAGCGUGCAGAGGCAAAACAACAGGAGGAGGUCAACCCCUUGCCCUCCGUGGUUCCUCCUCUGGUCAGGGAUUCAGACGAGCCCGUGAAGAAGAAGAGGAAAUGGAUCAACAAACAGAGGGUGUUGGUGUUCGCCUCUCGGGGGAUGAGCUUCCGGAACCGCCACCUGAUGGAGGACAUGAAGACACUGAUGCCACACAGCAAGUCUGAGUCCAAGAAAGAGAACAAGGACAACCUAAAGGACAUCAAUGAGAUUGCAGACAUGAAGAACUGUAACAAGUGCAUCUACUUUGAGAACCGCAAAAAGAAGGAUUUGUACUUGUGGGUGGCCAAUGUCAAGGGCGGUCCAUCUGUCAAAUUCCACGUACUCAAUGCACACACAAUGAAGGAACUCAAGAUGACUGGGAACUGCCUGAAGGCUUCCCGGCCACUGCUCAGCUUUGACCCUGCCUUUGACAAGCACCCCCACUGGGCCGUCAUAAAGGAGCUCCUGGUGCAGACAUUUGGCACGCCUAACCAGCUGCCCAAGAGUCAGCCCUUCCACGACCAUGUCUUCUGUUUCUCCAUCCUAGACAACAAGAUCUGGUUCAGGAACUAUGAGGUGUUGGAUACUGACGGCAAGCUUUCUGAAAUUGGUCCUCGCUUUGUGCUGAACCCCAUCAAGGUCUUUGACGGCAGCUUUGGAGGAGAAACGCUGUGGGACAACCCUAAAUUUGUCACCCCAAAUACAAUUCGCAGCAUGAAGAAGAAAGCACAUUCAUUCAAAUACACAGACAAGCUGCACCAGAAGGAAGGCUACAAUAAGAGGAAACCCAAGGAUCCAUUCCGUGGCGACCCAACCAAUGAAAUUUUCCAGACCAAGCUACCCGAGAAAGCCGUCAGUGGGGAGAAGCAGAUAUUUAUUCGUAAGAAGGUGUGAAUGUAGACUUGUAUACAUUAGGGUUAUUAAAAGUGAGGAUAUAUCAAAA